CUGGUCUAAAAACCACACUAACCAACAUGCUUUGCGCCUUAAAGGAAUCACUCAGCUCAGGCUAACCACCGAUGCUAAAAAGCAAAUUAGCUUACGAGGUCUGACUAUUAGCCUUCAAGUAAUUUGGUUAUAUUAAUAGGGAGUUUAUGUAAUACAUUUUGAGACAGAAUGCCAGAAGGAGACAGUGCCGGUGAAUCCAUCCAUGGGAAACCAUCAGCGAUAGGAAACUUCUUUAAACGGCUCGGCCAGAUUUAUCAGUCAUGGUUGGACAAGUCAACGCCGUUCUCAGCAGUGCGAUGGACGGUCACCGUUAUCCUAACGGCCUUAUAUAUGAUCCGAGUUUAUAUACUACAGGGGUGGUACAUCGUCACAUAUGCUCUUGGAAUCUACCACCUAAACCUCUUCAUUGCUUUCCUCUCACCUAAAGUGGAUCCCUCCUUGCUGGAUGAUCCAGACGAGGGUCCAGAACUACCCACGAACCAGAAUGAAGAGUUCCGGCCGUUCAUCAGGAGGCUGCCAGAGUUCAAAUUCUGGCACUCAGCGACGAAAGGCAUCAUCAUCGCUAUGAUUUGCACAUUCUUUGAAGCCUUUAACGUGCCAGUGUUCUGGCCCAUCCUCGUAAUGUAUUUCAUCAUGCUGUUCUGUAUCACCAUGAAACGGCAGAUCAAGCACAUGAUCAAGUAUAGAUACCUGCCCUUCACACAUGGGAAGAGAACUUACAGAGGCAAGGAAGACACAGGGAAAACCUUUGCUAGUUAAAAUUCCCCUUCCCGAAAUUAAAGUUAUUGAUGAAGAAUGAGGAAACAUAAAGUUGAGUGCUUUAACUAUAACAAAUGGAUGGAGAGGGUUGAAGGUCGUUGUUCUUUUGGGGUCCCCCCCCCCCCCCCCCUUUUUUUUUCUGCUGGGCCAUAACUAGUAUAGAUUUGUUUUUUUGUUUUUAAAGGCAAAUGGAAAGAACUUCAAUAAGCACUGGACAUGAGAUACAUUUUCCUAAUAAUUUUUUUUUUUUUUUUUUUUUUGGAAGGAUAUAUAUAUAUAUAUAUAUAUAUAUAUAUAUAUAUAUAUAUAUAUAUAUAUAUAUAAAACUUAUGGUUAUUGCAAGCUUUUUUUUAUUAUUAUUUAUUUUUUUGGACAACAGCAUUUUUACUGUAUUAAAUGAAUCUUCAUCAAAACACAAAUGUAGGUUUGUUAAUUCCUGAUUAAAGACAUUGCAUGUUUUAGGUUUUCUUGUGCUGCUGGUUAAGAGAAAAUAAGAUGAUUUUAAUAACCAAGCGUCAUUUUUGUUUCCUCUUCAAAUGCUAUUAAAAGGCUGUGUCCCUUCA